AUGGAUCGGAUGCGUAGCGAGAUGAAGGAGUUCGACGACAUCGACGGCCUACGAGACGAAGCUGCACAAACGAAGGCAGGGGGGCUCAGGAAGCAGUACCGCUGGCGGGUGGAGGCGAUGCGGGGGCAGGUGCAGCAGCUGACGGCUAGGCACGAGGCCUGCAAGAAGGAGCUCGCCGCCAGCGAGACGGGGAAGACGCUGGAAGCCCUCGAGAGGAAGAUGCGAACGUACGAGACCAACAUCUUCUUCCUGAAGGAGUUCGUGGAGACGAAGGGGCGGGAUUUAGACUUCCAGAGCCUGAGAGGAGAGUGCAUGGGCAUGGUCAAGGACCUAAACGAGGCCGUCAAGAGGAAGGGAGAGACGGAAGGGUUCGGUGUGGCCUACUGAAGACCACAACCGAAGCACGAAAAACGACUCGUGGAUGGCUGGUGUGGGGCCCGUUACGCCAAAGCAAACAACUGCAAUAUUAUUGGCUAAGCGCCAAGAAGACAACACGAGUGUGAG